AUGGCAACUUCUUCCAGAAAUCUCUACGGGGAAUACGACCCUUCAAGAGCACUGGCAAUAGUAGUCUGCGUCGUCUUCAUCGUCCUCAGCCUUGUUCAAAUAUGGCGUAUCAUCCGUACGCAAAGAUGGUUCGGCUUCACCAUUGUUAUAGGAGGCCUUUUUGAGAUAGCUGGUCUUGCCGCCCGUAUAUACUCCUGCACCCACCGGAGUGAUCAAGGCUCAUAUGGUGCUCAAAUUAUGCUUAUCUUACUGGCCCCGAUCUUCUUCGCCGCGUCGAUUUACAUGUUUCUUGGCCGUCUCAUCGCCAGCGCCAAUUACCCGAGCCUUUGCGGCAUCCGCACCCGAUGGUUGUCGAAAGUCUUCGUUGUGGGCGAUGUUCUAUGCUUCCUCGUCCAAGUGUGCAGCGCAGGCAUAUUCGUCAGCAGCGAUAACACUGGCGAACAAACUGAUGGAGAGAAUGUUAUACUUGCAGGACUCGGCCUGCAAGUUAUAAUUCUGAUAAUUUUCAUCGCCUUUGCUAUUAUCUUUGACGUUACUGUCAUUAAGAAAGUAUAUCCCCGAUCCGCGAAUCCUAAUUCUCGGCUUCUUCCGAAGAUGGCCAUACUGUACCUCUGCAGUACCCUCGUCAUAUUCCGGAAUAUCUCUCGCCUAGUCGAGUUUGGACAAGGAGAAGAUGGUUACUUACUUGCCCAUGAGUGGCCUGUAUACGUGCUUGAUAUCAUGUUCAUGGCCUUUGUCAUGGUCUUGACACUGGAGUGGUAUACUGGAGAGAUGAGGCUUGAAAAGAAUUCUCCGGCACUGCAGCCAAUGUCAGAGAAUACCUAG